GUAUUGAUAUUUUAUCUUUGUGUUUUUAUGAGAAAUCUUAAGUAAUAUUGUAAAAUAACCCGAAAAGUGUCUCUCAAGUGAUAACAAAGGCCUCCUUGAUAUGGAGAAUAAACUUCUGGCGAAGAAGCGAAAAGCCACACAGGAGAAAAAUGUCCAGCAAAUUGCAACUUCCUGCCACAACCUGGGGAACUUCUACCAUGAAUCUGGUCAGUAUGACAAGGCUCUGCAGGAGUACAAGGCAGAAGCGGAGCAGUGGAAGGUGCAGAAAAAUCAGAUGAAGUACGGAAUUGCCCAUCGAAUGAUCGGCGAAAUGCUGAUGCUUCUGGGCGACGUGAACAAAUCCCUGAAGCACGAGCAUCAGUAUCUGAAGAUCGCCCAAGAAGAGAAGGACAGCAUUGAGGUACAGAGGGCUUAUGCAACGAUCGGCAGGGCUUAUCUGCUGAAGGGGCAGAAUCUCACUGAGAAGGAGAGCGCUGCGGAGAGAGCAAAGGCUCUGAAGGAUGCUGAGAGGGCCUUUCUGAAGAGUUUGUCGAUUUGUCGUGAGCUGCCGGGGAAGAUAAGCAACACCGAAUUGCAGGACAUGAUGGCAAGAUUGUAUCUCAACUUGAGUGUGACGAAGGAGAAUUGCAGCGAGGAGAUCGAGAAGUCUCUGGAGUAUAUGACCAAGGCGAUAGCCAUCUGCAAGAGCCACGAUCUCUAUGAACUCCUGCAUCAGUGCUACAUGUCGACGGGACUCCUGUAUGAAGUGAAGAAGAAGGACAUUGGCAACUCCUUGCGGUAUCUGAACCUCGCCUUGGACGUGGCGCAGCGCCUGGAAGCGCGGACGAUGAAGAUAUGCGAGACGCUCUUACUAAAGAGUGAGAUGCUGAUCAAGUCAGGAGAUUAUCAGAGUGCCAAGCAGACACUGCACAGAGCGUAUAAGUUGAAGUCUCCGAAUGAGAUUGACCGGGAGACAAUAGAGCAGAAGCUGAAGGUUGUGGCUGCUCUGUGCUACACUGAAGACUCCCUGAUCACUGCCAAUUCAGAAGACUUCAGGCGGAAGAAGGAUUUGUAUGAGAAAAUGGGCGAUGGAUCGUGCAAGCUCGAGAACUAUGACAAAGCGCUGAGUUACUACAAGAAAAUGCUGGAGAAUGCCGAAUUGAGUGGCGAAAGUGGCAAGGAUUUGAUACCCAUUUACGUAAGUCUCUAUCAGACAUUUAGAGACAAUCAGAACUACAAGGAGGCUCUCGAGUAUGCAUGGAAGGAGUAUGAAUUAUGCAAGGAAGUGCCUCAGGAGGCUUUCCUCACGCUCAUGAACAUUGCGGAAUUAUCGGAUUUGGCGGAGAUGGAUUUCUGGGAAGUGGAAAAGAUGUAUCAGCGCGCCAGGAAGGAGACAGGGAAGACGGGGGAUAAGAAAUCCGAAGCACUGGCUAUUGGAAAAUUGAUUGUCCUGCAGCGGAAGCACGGCAUGGACACUCUGGCGGAUUUGCUGGAGAAGGAAGCUCAAAUGUCGGGAAUGGAUAUGUCAGCGGCGGCUGCAGAGGACGAGGAAGCGGCUUGUGAUGAUGGAAAUGUGCCUGGUAUUGGCGAUGACAUUUGUCUAGACGACAUCUCUGACUCUGGAAGUGAAGAGGAUGCCGACAUCCCGCUGGCAGUUGAGCAGAAGCGACCAAUGAGGCGCAAGAGAGUGACAAAUGUGGUGAAGAGGAACAACAAAGGAGAAAGCCAGCUUCAUCAGGCUUGUAUCUCAGGGAAUGCCACUCUGGCGCGGCGUCUUCUGGACCAGGGACACCCAGUCAACAUUCGAGAUCACGCGGGAUGGCUGCCACUGCACGAGGCGUGCAUCCAUGGACACAGAGAUAUCGUUGAGAUGUUGCUGGAGAAGAGCUGCGCCACGAUAAACGAUCGCGGCGGGACUUCUUGCGACGGAAUAACGCCAAUUCACGAUGCCUGCUCGAAUGGACACCUCGAGAUUGUGGAGCUGCUGCUGGAUAAAGGCGCCAAUGCUACAGUGAAGACAGAUUUCGGGGACACUCCUCUGGACACGCUGAAGAUAUGGCGAGGCACAAUGCGACUGGAGGCAAAUGAGGUGGCUUUCUACGAGACAAUUGUGCAGAGACUCAGCAAACUAAUGGACAAGGCGGGAAUAAAUCCCAGAGAAGUGAAUUUGACAAAUCGUCGACUUGCUCACGCUCUUGUUGAUGAGGAUUCCAGCGAAGGUUUCCCCAUUGAGAGGGAAAAUUCUCUCUCGCCCCCUCUGGUUUCGACCAAGAACUCUGCAGUCGCGGAAGAUUCAUCUCGAUUGUACAAAAGUGUAAUAGACAACUUGAGGAAGAAGAAAUCAGCCAAUGAAGAGCCGAAGAGUGAAGUGUUACUGCCGAAGAAGAGAUCUGCAUAUCUAGAAGGAGACGAAGUGGGUGAGGAUUGGCUUGAAGAUGAUCUUCUGCCGAAUAAGAAGCGCAGAAAAUUUCUUAAGGAUUCCCGGGAGUUUUGCACGCCCAAACAGAAGAAAACAAAGCCAGUGAUUCAGGAAAGUGAAGACAAUGAGAUGGAAGAUCUUGUGAUUGAGGAGCCGGAGAUUCGAGAGACUCCGCCAAGAAGAGUCACUCAAACAUCCUUGAUCGAUGCUGGUUUCUCACGACAGCAAAUUGAUGUGGAUCUUGACUUUCCGUUAAACAUAUCGCCAGGGAAGUCCUCGAGAUCCUCCACGGGAAAAUCGCCGUGCGUGCCGCUGAUUGUACACAAUAUGAUCUCUGUGAAGGUGAAGAUUGACGAUCAGCUAAUUGUGGUUCCUGUGAAUGCUGCAGAAGUGCAGAAUCUGCAGAUCAAGUGGCUGACAGAGCGAGCUUCCAAGCGCUACUACAAUCUUCACGGACGUCUGCCUGAGAUGCUGCUAACAACAACAGACGGAGCGGUGUUUGACGAUCAAGAUCCUAUUUCGCUGGUUAUCGACAAUGAUCAGAACCUCGUGCACUCGCUGAUCAACAAAUGGAACGUUCUGUCGCUGGCGGAGAGCUACAAAGAUGUGGCGAAGCAGAUGGAAAACGUCGAGAAUGUGCAGAUCGUGAGGGCUCUGGAAGUGGCUGAAAACUCAAAUGAGUUGAUUCUCGCCGAUUUGGAUGUGCCUUCGAAGGAAACACGUGCACUGUUUAAAGCCAUACAGCAUCAUGUAAAUCUCUCAGCGAUUGAUUUGUCCAGGAACAUCAUUGAAGACGAGGGAUUGGUGUACUUGUGUCAAUCUUUGAGCUCCCUGAAAUACCUAAAUGUUCUCAAUUUGAGCUGUAAUUUCCUCACGGAGAAUGGACUAUUGCGACUGGCGAAUGUGCUUCAGGAGACCAAAGAGGCACUUCUACCUGAAUUGAAAGACUUGAACCUGAGCCACAAUCCGCUUGGUAAUGGAAGCAGGAAAUACUUGUCGAUCAUUUGUGAGAAACUCCCCAAAUUGCGCAUUCUCAAUCUCUCAGCGUGCGAUUUGACGGAAUUGGGAGAUUGCAAUCUCGGGUUUUCUCACCUGGAUAGUCUCGAUCUCAGCUUCAACACCUUCAAGGAUGCUGAAGAGUUGCGCACAGUCUGGCGAUUGCUGGAUGUGACGCGAGUGGAGAGCAUUAGACUGGGAUUCUGUCUGAAAAGUCAAGGAUUGGGAAAGCAAUUGGGCAAUUUUCUGCAAUCUGGAUCUCCCAGAUAUCUUACGGAGCUACAUUUGCAAAAUUGCCACUUGACAGAUGCCGAUUUGUGGACAAUCCUGAAAGCACUCGCGGGAAGAGAGAUGCAAGAAAUUGAUCUCACACAGAAUCCAGUUACGAGUCUCUCCCUGAAGUACUUUCUAACCACCAGCAUUUCUGUGGCACACGUGAAAUUUCUGGGAUGCGAGAAAAUUCUCGAUAACGUCAGUAUUCUGGAGGAAUUGCCUCCGUACGAGGGAGAACUUCAUCCGCAGCGAAUAACACUGUUUGGGAGAUGCAUUGAAGAGGAGAUGAUUGAGCAUCUGCGCAAGGUCUGGACAUCAUGCUGGCUACAGAAAGAAGCCGUCGUUGAGAGGAAAUCCAGCAGAAUCAUUCAACUUCACUUAGCUUAAGGGAAUCUUUGUAAAGGCAAGAGAACGCGUCUCUAAGUCAGUCUGAAGGCGCGGCAAAAGUGUGUGCGAAUGACGGAGG